AAGUAUAGCGGAAGACCGAAGCUGAAGAAAGAGUGAAAGAGCGAAAUUAAUUCUAAGCUAGGGUUUCUUUGAAUCGAAGGAUAAGGAUGGUGAGUCCUCAGCAGGAAAGACUGGGGAUCAAUCUUGGUGGUGCCAGUGGUAAAACUGGAUCUCUUCCUGGCUCUAGGGUUUUAGAUCUUUCCACUCCAGUUGCAAGAAAUGGCGGCACUCCUCUCGCCGAUGAAGCGAUCUGCAAGCGUCUCCGGGAGGCUGGCUUCGACGAGGAAUCCAUCAAACGUAGGGAUAAGGCAUCUCUCAUUGCUUACAUCGCCAUUCUCGAAGCUGAGGUUUUUAACUAUCAGCAUCACAUGGGUCUUCUCAUAUUGGAAAGAAAGGAAUGGGCGUCUAAGUAUGAGAAAAUUAAAGCUUCAGCAGAUGAAGCUGAAAUUAAUUAUAAACGUGAACAAGCUGCACGUUCAACUGCUUUAGCUGAAGCUAGGAAACGAGAAGAGAGUUUGAAGAAGGCUUUAGGAGUUGAGAAAGAGUGUAUAGUAAAUAUUGAGAGGACCUUACAUGAAAUACGUGCCGAAUCUGCUGAAAUGAAAAUUGCAGCUGAGAAUAAGAUGACUGAAGCAGAGAGUAUGACAGAGCAUGCUCAGAAAAAGUAUACUGAGGUGGAGACAAAGCUGCAUUUUGCUGAAUCUUUGCAAGCAGAGGCUAGGCAGUAUCAUCGUGAUGCCGAAAGGAAACUCCAGGAAGUUGAAGCACGUGAAGAUGAGCUUUGUCGGCAUAGGAUAUCAUUUAAUUCUGAUUGUGAUGCUAAAGAGAAGGAAAUUAGUCUUGAGAGGCAAUUGUUAUGUGAGCGUCAGAGAGUUUUGCAGCAAGGACAAUAUGGAUUACUUGAAGGUCAGGCCCUGCUGAGCCAAAGGGAAGAAUAUAUCUUUCAAAGGUCUCAAGAAUUAAAUCGUUGUGAAAAGGAGAUGGAGGUCUUAAAAGAAAAAAAUGAGAACAAAUAUAGGGCCCUUAAUGAGGAAAAAUUCAAUUUGGACUUGAAGAUGACUACCCUUUUGAAAAGGGAGGAGGCUGCCAUUGAAAGGGAAGCACUACUCAACAACAAAGAGAACGAGCUACUGAUACUACAAGAAAAGCUUGCAAGCAAGGAAUAUGAUGAGAUUCAAAGACUCACAGUUAAAAAUGAAAUUGCUCUUAAGAAGAGGAAGUCUGACUUUGAAGUAGAGCUGGAAGUAAAGCGCAAGAAAAUGGAGGAUGAGAUUGAAACCAAGAGACGGGGUUAUGAGUUGAGGGUGGGUGAUCUUAAUCAGAAGGAGGACCUAAUCCAGGAGAAGGAGCAUGAUCUUGAGGUUCAGUUAAGAGUAUUGAUGGAGAAGGAGCAGGAUGUGACAGAGAGAUCAAUAUUACUUGAGGAGAAAGAAAAAGGACUCAUUGAAGCUGAAAAAGAUACAGAAUUGGAGAAGAUACGUUUGGAGAAAGAAAGAGAAGAGAUCAAUAAGAUGAGGUUAGACCUCCAAAAAUCUAUUGAUUCACUGGAAAAUAGUAGGAAACAAGUUGAGCAAGAACAUGAAAAAUUAGAAGCCAAGAACUAUGAAAGAGAAGAGUUACUGGUCCUGGAGAUGAAACUUAAAGAAGAAAUUGAUAGUAUCAGGGCUCAGAAGCUUCAGCUGAUGAGUGAAGCAGAUGAAUUGAAAGCAGAGAAGGCAAAGUUUGAAACUGAGUGGGAGCUGAUUGAAGAAAAAAGGGAAGAAAUACGGAAAGAAGCUGAACAAGUUGCUGAGGAGAGAAAAGUAAUUUCCAAGUUGCUCAAAGAAAAACGUGGCAGCCUAAAAUUGGAGAAGGAUGCAUUUCAGGAUCAAUUAAAAAAUGACGUGGAAUCCCUUUCACGUGAGCGGGAUGCCUUCAUUAAAGAAAUGGAGCGUGAGCAUUUAGAGUGGUUUAGCAAGACUCAGCAAGAGCGGGCGGAUUUUCUACUUGACAUUGAGAUGCGGAAGAAGGAACUGGAAAGUUGUAUUGAUAAGAGAAGGGAGGAAAUAGAAAAUUACUUAAGAGAGGAGAAGGAAGCAUUUGACCAAGAAAAAGCUGGAGAACUUCGUCAUAUCAGUUCUCUGAAAGAAACGGUCACCAAAGAAUGGGAAGAUGUUGCUUUGGAAAUGAAAAGACUUGAUCAUGAAAGAAAAGAGAUCAACCUGGAUCGGGAGCGAAGGGAAAAGGAAUGGGCUGAGAUCAAUCAUGCCAUUGAAGAACUGCAGACACAAAGGGGAAAACUGAAGAAGCAGCGGGAAUUAUUGCAUGCUGAUAGAGAAGUAAUUCAUAUCCAAAUCCAACGUCUUAAAAAGUUGGAGGAUUUGAAAAUUGAACCAGAAAAUGUUGUAUCCGAGACACAACAAGGUGAACCUAAGUAUAGCAGAAGAAGGUUUCCUGCCAAGAAAUGCUUAAAUCCACCAGGUACUUUACAGGUUGCUGAGCAAAAAUCCCAUCUAUCAAAAGAAGCUAUUUGUGAUACCUCUGAACUAGAGUUGCUUUCUAAGCAUGGAGCACAAAAUGAUUCACCUCCUAGCUCUAGCCCCCUGUCAUGGCUCAAACGAUGUGCUGAAUUGAUAUUCAGACAGACUCCUGAAAAACCUGCAGUGAAGCAUGGAGAAAGGGUUUUUGUAUCUAAGUUUGAGGAUGCAAAUUUGAAGUUGCUAGAGAGCAAGUAUUCCCAAAAUAUAAAGAAGAUUUUGUCGACACAGUUGGUGAAUAUUGAGGACCUGAAAUCCAAAGAAAAUGAUCGUAUAGAAAAGAAGAUGAACAGUACACAAUCUGCAGCAUGUGUUCUUAAAGAACCAAAAGUGAUACACAAAUUGGUGGCCGUUGGUAAGGAUGGUGGAGGCCCACAUAAUUUGGCAUCUGAACGUGGAACAGAUUCAGCUGAAAAUUUUGUUGACUCGGUUUGUGAAGAGGACCAACUGGCUGGAAAAAAACGACCUCAAAGUGCUUCCUCAUGUGAACAUUUUGAUGGAGAAUUAAGGCAAAUGGAGAAUAAUAAGAAACAGAGGCAACACAAUUGUGCCACAGAGACCCCAUGGGCAACCUCAACACCAUCACUCUCUCCAGAUGAAAAUAAUGACAUUGAGAUUUCAGCAGAACAGGUGAAGGAUGUCUGUAAGUUAUCUUUGGAGGAUCAAGUACCAGAAUUAGAAGAGGAUAAUCUUCAGAGUGGAGGACCAGACAAAAAUGCUAAUUCUCACUGGGUAGGGAAUGGUUUCUCAUCUUGUGGCUUGAAGACACUAAAAAAGGUACAUGAAGAGACAGUGUUGGAGGCUGACAAAGAACUAACAAGGCAGCAUAAUCUGUCAUGAAGUUACGAGGAGCAGUCGCAUGCUUAAUGUUCAUGUUAAAUCAAAGCCAGAAAAUGGUCGGAAAAGUUGAUAAAAUAAAUGAAGAUUUGGCAGGAAAAGAUUAUUAAUAAGCUUGUGAAACUUGAUCAGUAAAAGCUACGUACAUUGUAUCUGGAGGUUAGGUAUGUGAAUAUGAAUGAAUGGUGCUGCUGAGAAUUAACAGAUUGGUGCCAGCGCUUUUUUCCUACGGUAGAUUCUGUGAUAUUUUAAGCAUUGGGAAGCGUUGGCUGCUUAUU